AUGGCAGACGCCGAGAUGUCCAAGCCGCCAGAUGGCGCGAGCAAGGAGCUCGUCGCCGACUCUCCCCCCGCCACCCACACGCCCCACUUCUCUGCCUCGCGCAAGUGGUCGCUCCUCCUCGUCUUCUCGUUCGCCAUGUUCGUCGACAUCUGGUUCUACGCCGCGUUCUACUUCUUCACGUACCCCAUCUCGCUCGACCUGGGUAUUGUCGUCGAGCAGCAGUCGUGGGUCAUUACAUCCUACGCCGCCACGUUCGCCGCCUUUCUCCUCUUCUGGGGCCGCUUUGCAGACCUGUACACGCCCAAGCUCACCUUCGUCGCUGGCCUCGCCCUCCUCGGGCUGCUGAGCCUGGUCACCUCGUUCCUGACCAACAAGUACGCCUUCUUCAUCUUCCGCGCGCUGGCGGGCAUUGCCGGCGCGAUGCUCGUCCCCGCGAGUUACCGCCUCAUCUCGUACGUCUUCGAGCCGCACGAGCUCGGGCGCGCAUUCACCCUGUUCAACAUGUCCGGCUCGAUCGCGAGCGCGACCGGCACGGUGAUCGCCGGCUUUAUCGAGCAUAUCCCCGGCACGGGGCAGAUGACUGCCUGGCGCUGGUUCUUCCGCAUCGUCGCCGCGCUGGUCCUGCCCGUCGCCGGCGUAUCGUACUUCCUCGUGCCCGACCCGCGCGAGUACGGGGUAGUCGAGACAGAGGUCGACGAGGGGCCUGAGGCCAAAGCCAAGUGGCACAAACUCGACCUCGUCGGCUCGCUCACCAUGCUCGCGGCGAUUGUCCUCCUCAUCCUCGGCCUGACUUUUGGCGCGUCGUACGGGUUCCGCACCGCCGCCUUCCUCGUCCCCUUCCUCUUCUCGUUUGUUCUCUUCCCCGCCUUCUUUGUCUGGGAGGCGCGCCUCCCCGACGACGUGGCUAUCCUGCCGUCAAAGACCUGGCGUAUCCCAAACUUCACCGUCUGGAUCGUCUUCGGCCUGCAGGUGUACGCGUGGUGGAGCGUAAACUAUCUUGCGCUCGUCGAAGUGUACGUCAACGUGCACCACGACAACCCCGUCAUUGCCGCCGUGCGCCUCCUGCCACAGGGCAUCGCCAUGUUCGUCGUGUCAAUCUGCCUCUCGACCAAACCCGUGCUCCUGUCCAAGCCGCGCUGGAGCAUCCUUGUGGGCAUGGCGCUCGCCAUCACCGGCUACGUCAUGUUCUCCCAGUCGCGCACCCAGGUCGGGAAGGACUACUGGCGCUUCGUGUUCCCCGGCGGCAUCCUUGGCUGCGGUGGCAUGACGAUUGCGUUCGCGGCCAACUCUGUCGGCGUCAUGACGUCUGUGCCCAAGGAGAUGUCGGGCGUCGCGGGCGCUGUGCUGCAGGUGUCGUACCAGGUCGGCUCGGUCGUGUCCUUUUCCAUCCAGGCAGGCAUGUUCACCGUCAACCCGGGCGGCUUCUACAACUGGAGCAAUGUGCAGGCGUCCUUCUACUUCCAGAUUGGGUGGAUGCUGUUGUGGACAAUAGGCUUCUUUGUCUUUUACCGCUCUCCUCGCAAGGCGGUGAGCAGUGAAGAGGCUGAUUCAGUAGAGCAGGCGAGGGUGGAAUAG